UCUUCCUCCAUUCUUAUCUAUCUCGAUUCUACUCAAUUCCCAUUUUCCAUUGCCAAAUCCAUUUUUUUGUAUUCUUUUCAUGCCCUAUUUGAUAUAAUCCUAAUCUAGUUUGUUUUUGUUUCGUGAAUCUUUGCUUCAAUGCAGUAAGUUGUUCUUGCGCUGCAGCUUAGCUGCUUACUUGAUUGUGAAAGUAUACGAUCCAGUUCAGGCCUACCAGAUGCUUGUGAAUAUGCAUCGAUUGUUGUUUGAGUUUUUUGUUCUACGUUUUUGAUGCAUAUUGUUGCAUGAAUGAGUUUGUGUGAGCGCAGAUUCUCAUUUGUAUUCGCAUUUUUGCAGUUGAUUCGGCACUGACUCUGUGUGUGUGUUCAAAUAGAGCUUGCUGAUGCUGUGUUUCUUGCUAUUUAGCUAUUCUGAAUACAGUUUUGCAGUUAAAAGUAUUAAUCACAGAUGUUGAAAAGCUGUUGAUCAAUAUGCACUAGAGAUGGCAAUCAAAUUAAUUAGGAAGAAAAUUGAGAAAUUGUUUUAUUUCACUCACAAUAAAUUCGUUGCAAUCAUUGUUUGGUAUCUUACAAUUGAAUGAAUGCUUGAGGGUAAUAUCAUCUGGAUGAUCAUGUGAUGUUGUGGUGUGACUCAGGUAGUGGCUUUAAGGAUCGCUUAUGCUAAGAACAGUUUAUGCCUGAUUCUUUCAGUUGCACGAUAACUGCACACAAGGGCACUGUUAUGGUCAUUUUAGAUGAAGCUGCUCGUCAAUGAUGAUCCUACUACCUUGAGUUAUUGGUUGAAUUGGAGAGUGUUUCUAUGUGCAGUAUGGGUCUUGGCACCUAUGGUUAUCGCAGCAUUCAUUAUAUGGAAGUAUGAACAUUCAGGAAAUUCUGAAUCUGAUGCAGGGGAGAACCAGCAAGAGAGCUCGCACAUACGCUCUGAAAAAUCAUGGAAACCUUGUUUAAAAGAAAUUCAUCCUGUUUUCCUGUUGUGCUUUCGGAUAAUUGCUUUUGGUCUGCUUUUGACAGCUGUGUCUUUUGAUCUUGCUUUACAUGGAGCUGAACUUUUUUACUACUAUACACAGUGGACUUUUACUUUAGUCACCAUUUAUUUUGGGCUUGGAUCAUUGCUUUCUAUACGCGGAUGUUUUUACAGUCCCAAAAUAGAUAGCAACAGUAAGUGCUAUUUAACUGAGGAUACGGAGCAAGCUUUACAUGUGCCCUUAGCACAUGGAGUGAAUGGAAAUGGGAUGAGGUUGCCGGAGAAGUUGGACAACCAUGGAACACUCCAUACUCUGAUAACUUCUGACGUGUGGGAUGAUCUGUAUCAAGUUUUAUUCCAGGUGACAGCAGGGGCAGUAACUCUUACCGAUAUUGUUUACUGGGGUGUGAUAUUCCCGUUCAUGGCGCUGAAAGAUUAUGAGAUGGGUUUUUUAACAGUUGUGACACACUCCCUUAAUGCUGUCUUGCUCCUUGGGGAUACAGCUAUCUGUAGUCUGGAAUUCCCAUGGUUCCGGAUUUCUUACUUCAUUUUGUUGACGGGUAUUUAUGUCAUAUUCCAGUGGAUUGUUCAUGCCUGCGUCUCAAUUUGGUGGCCAUAUCCUUUUCUUGAUCUAUCAGCCGACCUCGCCCCAAUGUGGUACCUGGUGGUAGCAUUGAUGCAUGUUCCGUGCUAUGCCAUCUUCCUCGUGUUUGUGAAAGUGAAACAUUGGCUACUAUCCAGAUGGUUCCCACAUUCAUAUCAGUACAGCUCAUAAAAUUUUUAGUAGAUCCAACGUGUCUUCUUGCAAUGUGGAAAAAGCAAAUCUUACAAUUCAUCAAAGAUUGGCCCUGGAUUCAUCAAGAUUGGGAGAAGAUGUUUCCACACACAUCAUAGGAGGUGUGUGGUUUCGACCAAGUGUGGAGGGUGGUUUAAGGAACUGCUCUCCAAUGCUAUAAAUUUUGUGAUUGUUUUACCUCAUUCAUACAAACAGAGUGAAUAAAGGAACAAGUGGUUAUUUGAAUCGAAAGGGGGUUUGUUGGUUUUUCAAUUUCAUUUGCACACAUGUAUGUCCAUCGCAUUUUAAUUUAACGUAUAAAUGCAUUGUUAUUGUAUCUA